AUGGGAAGCGGAACAACAACACCAAAUGGUCCAUCUAGACGUGGUUCGAUUGAAAGAGAAAGAGAGGUUGAGAAAGAGCCAACCAACCUAAGGAUUUAUUGUAUUGUUAAUGGAGAAGCAACUUCUUUUUCUGUAAACAUUCUUUCCAAUUGUUCAGUCGAUGAACUCAAGCAAGCCAUCAAGGAAAAGAAACCAAAUGUCCUUCAAGGAGUAGACGCCGACAAUCUCAUUCUCAAUCUUAUCCCUGGCGGCGUAGCCAAGAGAGAAUUGGGUGCAUUAUCCGAAGGAUCCCUUAUAUUGCUCGAUGAUGAACUUGAAGAACUCAGCACUUAUUUUCCAAAAGGUGCAGCAAAAGGUCGCAUUCACAUCAUUGUCAAGCUGCCGCCGCCAGAGACAUCGGGACAGAUUCUCAAGAGAAAAAUGGACGAAGAUCCACAGUAUAUUUCACCUUCAAAGAAGAUACGCAUUGAGGAAGGGUGGAGAGAAUACAGGGCUUCUGAUGGCAAAAUGGUCACGUUACCACCCUCUUGGAUCGCAAUGCUAGAGGAUUCUAGAUACCUUCCAAAACCACGUAAUGAGUUUGAACAUCUCAAAGACGAUCUGAAGGCUGGUAGUUGGGUCGAUAUACCAUCCCUGGGUCAAGUCCCAAAGGGUUAUAGAGUCUCUGAAAUUCUCGUCACGCACCAAAUGCUGGAGCUUUGGAACGAGAUGGAAGAAGAACAAAGGUGCGUAUACAGACGAGUCUUGUCUGGUCCAAUGGGUAUUGGCAAGAGCUUUCUCUCCUAUUUUUUGACAGCAAGAGCAUAUGCUGAAGGAUGGCUUACCCUCUACAUAUCAGAUGCGGGUACUUUGGAUACUAGUGAGAAAGCGGACUCAUAUAUGGAAGUGAUCGAGCGUUUCCUUGUGAUGAACAAGGAUGUUUUAACUGCUGCCGAACUGGAGACGCUUGUAUCCGGCUAUGGUGUUCAAGGUGGCAUAUGGAAUACUGCUAUCAUACGCGUUUUUAACAUGCUCAUGCAGAAGGAACGGAAGACUCUAACUAUUAUUGACGAACAUGGGAAACUCUUCAGAUUCGACAAACCAGUACCAGAAAAAUUUAAAUCUUUAAAACCUCUGAUGGACCUUUCCAGUUGGACUGAAGACUUGGCUGGAUCUCGUUUGAUUCUCACUGGCACAGCGCAUGCAAAAUUCGAAUUGGAGAUCAUGGAAUCGAGCUUUAAGGAGGACUUUAAAACAGUGGUAUUCGUGGGACCUUUGUUGGAUGACGCUUUCAAGAAUCUGUUGAAGCAUACUCCCAAUCUCCAAUCCACGGACUACGAGGAUAUACGGAGUAUCACGAACCUUGUACCACGAGAGCUGAUGAACUUGUCAACCUAUAUUGAAGAGAAUCCAGAGUUACCCAUUAAGGAGGCAUUCGAGAAGUUUGAAGACUGCCGAAGGUUGGAUUUUUCUCACAACAUCCAGAACUACUACAAAAGCAUCGAAAAAUCCGAGACGACCCGUACAAAUUUUUAUAAUGGCCUUGCCUCGGCGUUCUUACAUGGUUCUGUCGAAGGAGAGUUCAAGUGGGAUUUCAUAGAUCUGGGUCUUUUGUUCCGUCUAAGGAGAGAUGGAGUAAUUUUAUUCCGCCCUUUAUGCAAUACAGCCUUCAGAGCACUUUUGGAUCAGUUCAAGACAAUGGGAAUGCCAGAAGAUCUAAAGAAUCGGCUCAAGGCUAAUAGGUUCAGUGGAAAUGAAUUUGAGCAAGCAAUUUUUCAUGCAUUUAUUUGCACUAGUAUUAGGCCAAUAGUGCUCCCUACAACGAACCUCGUUGGUGAUCCUAAGGGCUCGAUCGUGUUGGACUUCGAUGACUACCGAGUUAUAAGCAGGCAACGACAUUCUCUUGGCCCGGGAAAAGAUAAAUUCUUGGCCCGUGGCUAUCCAGGAUAUCCUCGAUUUGACUUUAUGGUUGGACCAAUAUUCAUCCAGGUGUCUGUCAGCGAGUUUGGAGUGCAUAACAGAGAUUCAAGUGAUUUAAGGAAAGCAUUUAAGCGACCGUACAAGACACCCAAAGUGGUGUAUAAUGAUAGGAAUCAGAUUGAGUGUUACUUGGAUGAAAUGUAUGGUGGAAAGCAUAGAGCUGAUUUUGGAAAGGAUGGAUUUAUUGUCACCAAAAAAGACCCGACAACAGGUAUUGAUGAAGUUGUUCCUGGAUUCCGAAUCGUCUACAUUUGUGGUAGAGAUAUUAACCUAGGGAAUCACCGCCAGCUCGUUACAGAGUUGCCAGAUGUAGAACAUGUAAGCUUCAACGACCUCAAAAGCCUAUUCUUUGCAAACAUUGUUUGA